AUGAUCAUUAGGUGUCUGUUAUUUAUGAAAAGGAGGGUCACUCUUUCAAACCAUUGGUCAAAAACCAAUAUGAAAAAAUCUUAUUUCAACAUGAAGACGACAGGAGAAUUAAUGAAGAGAAUUUGUGAUAAAUCUAUCAAGUUAAACGGUGUAUUUCCUCUUGAAGAUUACUUUACAAGUCAAGGUUUAAGGUGCAUCAAAAAUAUUUAUGGUGAUUAUGGGCUUGAUAUGGUGGACAAAUUAAGGAAAAAUGUGUCUUUUAGUCUGCCAGUAAUAUUAAUCCACCAUCAUGGUUUCUAUCUCAAGCAGCAGGAUGAAAAGAUCUUACGUUAUACAGUUUUAUUGGCGGAAAUCAAUAAAAUUAGUGAAGCCAAGUCGAAAGAGGACAAUAUUCAUCAACUUCCACAUGUAGACUUCAUGUACUCCGAUAUGCAUAUUCAUGGAGACCUCUUUAAGCUCAUAAAAGUUUACGGUUCUGGAAAAUUUUCCUCCAAACAAGUUGAAGCUGUUAUGAAAAUCUGGACCUAUUUGGUGGAACCUUUGUUUGGUUUUGUUCAAACGACAGAAACAAGCAACAACAAUUAUCAAGAGUUUGUGACAAACGAGGUUGAUUUAUUUUCCCUUGUAGAUCUUGAAAAAGGUGGUGUUGCAGCAUGCAUGGGUGAUAGAAUGAAAGCAGACAAUACACCAAAGGAUGUCAGCAAACAAAAUUACCAUAAUAAACAUCAGGUUUCUGGCAAUAAAGCAGGUGCUAAUAAUUUACAUGUGUUCUAUGGAGAUGACGUACUCCAAGAAGCUAAACAAUCUGCAAGUGAGAAAUGGCAGGGGUUAAAUGAUACAACACCUAAUGAUACAUAUGUUAUAUUCUUGGAUUUCCUCCAUAAUUAUCUUGCAAAUAGAGAAAAAUAUGAAUAUGAAUGUCGAACUAGUUUCGUCACUUGGGUGGGACUUAUCUUCUCGAUAGAAAGGUUGAUCAACAAGUUUUCUAGACAGCUACUAGCCAUUGCCAAUAAUGAGGUCGAUAACAAGCUUCUGGACUUGUUUACUCAUGAGAAAUCAAAAGAACCUGGUUGUUUUGUAGAAGAAGUUUAUACUGAAAAAGCAAGUAUGAUUGUUAAUGGCCAUAAAAUAUUUCGGUUUGAGCGUUUACUUUUACUAGACACAAAAGGACAAAACCGAUUAACGAUAUCACAAAUAAACUUGCAUGAAAGAAAUAUAAAACAAAGCAAUGCUAAAGGGGAAAGGGCAAUUGAAGGGGUUCGAGUUGCCAAUGGUCUUUCGGAUAAGAUGAAACAAAGUACAUCGGAGGAAAACACGCUCCAGCCCAAGACUCUUUGAUGUGUAUUAGCCAAAGAUAGCAACCAUAUUAUGUUAUAAUUAAUGAUGAUCUAAAGAAACAAUAAAAGAACACAAAUAUCACAAACAUAUGUGGAAACCCUUAUUGGGGAAAACCACAAG